GAUAAAGAUUACAAGUUUCAAAUGGAAAUAAGAAACAAUUGACUAAUAAGCUUUUGUUAUAAUUAUUGAUUUUACACAGUUAAGAAUUAAGCAGUUAAGAAUUAAACAGUUACAGUUAAGAAUUACACAGUUUAAAAGAAUUAUUAGUGAAGUGUUUAAUGGGUGCCAGGGUGUGGUAACUGAUAAGGUGGGUGCUAUACUUGGAUGUCUGCCUUGCCAACUUUGAAGUACUACAAUGGCUUUCCUCUUUCUCCUGCAGUGGAUGCUAAUUGGGUGGCUGAGCUUAUUGAAGGUGGAUUUCAGUUAUACUCUGAUGAUGUGUUAAUAGUUACAUAUCCAAAGUCUGGGACAACAUGGACUCAACAAGUAGUGUCACUGAUAAGAGGCUUACCCAGAGGACAGGAAGAAACCCAUGUUACCAAUAGUAUCCCAUGGCUAGAAAAAUCAAAAGAUGUGACACUGAGUCUGCCAUCUCCUCGUUCCUUUAAAUGCCACUUGCCAUAUCACAUGGUUGCUAGGGGAACUCCUGCUGAUUCUGUUGCCAAAUAUAUUUAUGUUAUUCGGAAUCCUAAAGAUGUGGCCGUGUCCUUCUAUCAUCACACGAAACGUUACAAUGACUCCACGUACCAUUUCACUGGUGACUGGAAUGAUUACUUCGAGCUUUUUCUAAAAGGAGAAGUUGACUUUGGGUCAUGGUUUGAUCAUGUUUUAGGAUGGUUAGCACACAAAGAUGCUGAGAAUAUUUUAUUUUUAAAGUAUGAAGACAUGAAGGCUGAUCUUAGAGGAACUGUGAAGUCUAUAUCACAGUUCAUGGGCUACAGUCUCGAUGAGUCAGUCAUUGAUAGAAUAACUGAACAGAGCACAUUCGAGAACAUGAGAUCUGACCCUUCAGCAAACCCUGACUCUCUCUCAUCAAUAAAGGCUAAGAUCACAAAAAACUCUACUCCAUUCCUACGUAAAGGGAUCGUUGGUGAUUGGAAGAACCACUUCAGUGAUGAGCAAUCAGCAAGACUUGAUGCAGAGUAUGCUAAAAGAAUGGCAGGCAGUGGACUAGAAUUAAGAUACGAAUGAAAUUUUUUUAAGGAUUGUGAAAAUAAUAAAUUUAUUUUAAAUAAUUGUUUUUUAACUGGAGGUAUUACUGGAUACUCCUAA